ACAGACACAAUGCAGUCUCCAGUCAGAAUCGUGGUGUCAACAUUUCUCCUGACCUCAGUCAUCGCCAGCGCAUAUCAUAGCAGCGCAAAGUUGAGACGAGAUGGUGUAUUGAACCUGUAUCCAUUUCCAAGAGUCGGCAGAGCAUCCAAACACACCUGGCAGGUGCCGCUCAGUGACUUUUAUUUAGAGUACGAACCGAUGACAGCCAAACGUCAGUUGUACGCGUUCCCGCGCGUCGGCCGCAGCGACGCGACACUGCUCCGGGAUCAGUUCCCGGGCGCGGCGGCAGGGGGCGCGGAGGAAGCGCAGCGGGCUGAUGGGCCCGGCAUGUGGUUCGGCCCCAGGCUCGGCAGGUCAUUCAAGACUGAUGAGGAUGAAAUCUCAAUACAGGGAGACAACACAGGCCGUAGCGACCCUGAACAAAUGGAGUCCACACCACACGAAGACAGGAAAAAGAGGCAGACGAAACUAAACUAAUAAAACUCAAUAAAAGCCAAAGAAGCGCUCAAAACCUACAAUGUCUAAAAAUUAACCGAGAUAUGAGAAAAGAGUAAAUUUACGAUGUAAGACCGGUCACACCCGCCCAAAAUAAAAAAAGUCAAUUUGCGUUUGUAAAUUAUUUUGAAGCAUUUUAUAGUCUUACCGUAGGCAAAACAUAUUUUUAUCGAUAUGGGCUAUAUUAUAUUCUAGUCAUUAUAACAAUGAAGAAGAUUUUUUUGUUGACCAGAACUAUUUCGACGGCUGGGUGGUUUUAAUAUUUAAAUAAAUGGUCUAGGAUGCAAAUAAAAAUAUAAAUCGCGUUGCGUUGGUUAUUUUGGUUGGC